AUGUUUUUCAAACAGACGGGCUACAAGCCACGCACGAACAGCCAAUCAUCAGGUAAAUCAGGAAGCGCCUCUGUAGCCAGCAGCCCUCCCAAGGACGAGACCAAGACAGCCAGUACGGCUGCUGCUGGUGACAAUACCGUUGUCUCAGCGGCUGUCGCUGGACGACGAAGAUCCUCAGCUGCUGGUGCAGACAAGUUCGCUGGACUGCAAGGCUUGAAGCGAGGGAGCCAGGAUACGACCAAGUGGGCGGAGCAGAAGCCUGGCCAGGAUGGUAUUCUGGGUGGUAUGUGGAAUAGCUUUACCAAGGGUUCAUAA